AUGGAACUAAAUGAGAAAUUGACUUCUAAGGAAGGUAAGAGUAAUGCACAAUUUUACUCUAAUAAAUUCUCUAUAAAUUUCAAUCAACAUGUAAAUGAAAAAAAUUUUGAGAUAAAAAUGGGUAAUUUAAAUGCUCAACAAGAAUUUGAAAUAAAUACACUGAUUGACAAAUAUAAAUCGAGUUUUGCGAAGGAUAAAUACGACAUUGGAACAGUAAGAGACUAUGAAGCACAUAUCGACCUCCUAACGGACAAAUACUGUAGUAAAAGGCCCUAUAGAUGUUCAAUGGAGGACAAAAAAGAGAUAGAAGAACAGGUGGCAAAAUUACUUCAAAAAAAUCUUAUAGAAGAAUCAUACAGCCCGUUUGCAGCACCUGUAACUUUAGCUUUUAAGAAAGAAGAUAAUAAAAGAAACAGAUUAUGUAUUGAUUUCAGAGAUCUCAAUAAAAUAGUAACACCACAAGCUCAACCAUUCCCGUUAAUUGAAGACUUGGUAAUAAAAACAAGAAACUGCAAGUACUUCUCAACAUUAGAUAUUAACUCUGCAUUUUGGUCCAUCCCACUGCGAAUUGAAGACAGAAAAAAAACAGCUUUUGUUACACAAGAAGGCCACUUUCAAUGGACGUGUCUACCCUUCGGCUUGAAAACCUCUCCCGCAAUAUUUCAAAGAAUCCUGAGCAACAUACUAAGAAAACAUCAAUUAACUGAUUUUACAGUUAAUUAUAUAGAUGAUAUCCUGGUGUUUUCAAAGUCUUAUAAUGAACAUAUAAACCAUUUAUCACAAUUACUGGAAGCAAUAAAACAAGAAGGAUUUCGACUAAAAUUUACAAAAUGUACGUUUGCGUCGAAUUCUGUAAAAUAUCUUGGACACAUAAUAGAAAAUAAUACAGUUCGACCAGUCAGAGAUAAUUUAAUUUCAAUAAGAGAAUUCCCUACGCCAAAAACUCUGAAAAAUGUCAGACAAUUUUUGGGGAAAAUUAAUUUCUACCAUGAAUACAUACCCAAGAGCACAAUUAUAUUAGAGCCCCUAUAUAAUUUACUGAGGAAAAAUCAAAAAUUCAUUUGGUCAACGGACUGUAAAAAUUCAUUUGAAGAAAUAAAAGAUUUACUUUGCUCACAACCCAUCUUGGAAAUUUAUGAUCAAAACUUGCCAGUAAAUAUAUACACAGAUGCAUCAUUGGAAGGUAUUGGAGCAGUGCUAAAACAAAUUCAGCCAGACGGAAAAGAAAAGCCAGUAGCCUAUUUUUCAAGAAAAUUAAAUGAAUCCCAAAAGAAGAAGAAAGCAAUAUACUUAGAAUGUCUGGCUAUUAAAGAAGCAGUACGAUAUUGGCAAUAUUGGUUAAUAGGGAAACCAUUCACAGUAUAUUCAGAUCACAAACCGUUGGAGAACAUGAAUGUUAAAUCUAGACCUGAUGAAGAAUUGGGAGAACUAGUGUAUUAUUUAUCGCAGUAUGACUUUCAGAUAAAAUAUGCUCCAGGUAGAGAAAAUUUGGAAGCAGAUUGCUUAAGCAGAAACCCGGUACUGAAUGAAAAUGAAGAUAUUGAUGAACAAUUAAAAAUAGUAAAUUUAGUAAAAUUAGAAGAUAUCAUCACAGAUCAAGAGAAAAAUAAAGAUAUACAUGAUAACAAGAAUAAUUUGACAUACAAAAACAACAUAUUUUAUAAAAAAGUAAAAAAACAGGAAAAAAUAAUACUGUCGGAAGAUUUCAGUAUAAAAUUUAUAAAAAAUAUUCAUGAAAAUAUGUGUCACAUAGGUGUAAGACAGAUGCAAAAAGCAAUUGGUACAAGAUAUACAGCAAAAAAAUUAACAGCAAACAUAAAUAAUAUUUGUAAAACUUGCGAUAUAUGUAUAAAGAAUAAAACAAGAGGACAAGCUAAAUAUGGCCUAGUGUCACACCUAGGACCCGCCACAAAACCAUUUGAAAUUAUCUCCAUAGACACAAUUGGAGGCUUCGGAGGCUCGCGGUCGACGAAGAGAUAUCUACAUCUUCUAGUGGAUCACUUCACUCGUUACGCAUAUAUACUAACCUCGAAGACACAGAAUGCAAAGGACUUCAUAAAACUGGUUAGUAAUAUAACGAACUUAAAUGAUAUCGAUAUUAUUCUCGCAGACCAGUACCCUGGAAUAAAUUCAAAGGAGCUUAAGACGUUUUUGAAUGACAAAUCAAUUGCGCUAGUUUUCACCGCAGUAAAUUCACCAUUUUCAAAUGGCUUAAAUGAGCGAUUAAAUCAAACGCUGGUCAACAAAAUAAGAUGCCAGAUAAAUGAAAAACCUAACACCAUAGCAUGGACAACAAUUGCUCAUAACUGCGUAAGUAAAUACAACGACACGGAGCAUACGGUCACCGGUUUCGCACCGAGAUACCUACUAGAUGGGACAGAUGUUACAAUUGUGCCAAAUGAAUUAAAACAAGGCAAAAGAAUAGAGGAAUGGAUUGAAGAUAGGAAAAAAGCGUUACAAAAUACAAUAAAAUCUCAUAACUAUAAUAAAAUGUUGAUUGACAGAAAAAGAAAAGACUAUAGUUUUAAUAGGGGUGAUUUAGUAUAUGUUGAGAAUGGACAUAAAUUAAAUAGGAAAAAACUGGAUGAGCUAAGGAUUGGACCUUUUAAAAUUGAAGAAAAAAUAUCAUCUUCAAUAUAUAGAAUAGAUACAGGACACAGAAAAUCCGAGUCAAACCUUUUUCACGUCACAAAGCUCAUUCCAGUUCCUAAAUAA